GAACUUCAGAGAAACCAAGAAAGCAAAUCGAAGAUGAAAUGGUAGCUAAACACUUUAGCUAGCUGUAUUUGUGUUUAUCAAAAUGGCAAAAACAUACAUGAAUAUACAAAGCGGAUCAAUCUCAAUGAAAUUGCAUCCAACGUGCACGAGAACUUCAAUUGCAGGUUUUUAGUUAGCUAGAUAACUUAAUAGCUUUGAUGACCAAACGAAAUAUUGCAGAAGUACGCUAGUCAUGCAUCAUCGAAGGAGGACCAGUCUGGCAACACAGCUGUGCAAAGCUGUGAACGAUGGAGAACCAAGGUAAUGUGCUGUCAUAUCUUUACCUAACUAGUUACUACCAAAGAGUAUCCAUCUGUGCUACGCUAACGUUACUAGCUAGUAGAUCCACAGUAACUCCAUAAUAACUUACAACUAUGGCAAGCAUGUAGCAUUGGAGUCAUGAGAAGUGCCAGAGAUACUAGGCUACCACAGAUCAUAAUCUUUGCUACUGUCAGAAGGUAACGGUAACUAUCUAACUAACGUUACCCAUAGUUAACUAUUUAGUUAUAUGUCUGUUUAACUUAACCUUGUUGUCAAUAAGGUUUAUACCAAGUUUUAACCAUUGACAUACAUGCAAUGUAACACCCUCGAAUGACAAAACAAUAACAUUACUAUUUUCUGAACAUUAUUUUAGAACCGUACAGAUUCUUCUCGCACAAGGAGCAAAUCCCAAUCUUGUCGGAAGCAAAGGUGUUGCUGCUGUACAUUUGGCAGUUGGAAAAGAGACUGAGAAAAGUAUACGCUGCCUAAAAUUAAUUCUACAACAUGGGGCAGACCCCAACAUCAGGUAGGCCUAAAUUCAACUAAAUAGGCUCUACUGUAAAACAAUGUUAUCAACUGUUUUUCCAAUGUGCGUAACGUGUUGCUUGCCAUUAUGUUGUAUAGCUAGACAUAUUCCGUACAUCUUGUGACAUGGCUAUAUAAAUCAAAUUUUAUUGGUCACAUACACAUAUUUAGCAGAUGUUAUUGCAGGUGUAGCGAAAUGCUUGUGAGCUAGAAGCGGAGCUGCCAUGUCUGUCGGCGCCAUUGCAUGCUUAUAACAUGUCAUAAGCAUGCAUGCAGCAAAGCUUUACAUCAAAUGUCAUUCCCCCCCCCCCCCCCCCCCCCAUCCAGGUCUUCGGAUGGCUUGACAGCCCUGCACAUAGCAGCGUUAUGGGGUUGCUGUCAGAAUCUCAAACUGCUGUUAAAGAAUGGAGGGAACGCUAACUUAAAGGAUCAGGUGGGAGAGGGUACCCUUUAGUCUGAUUUCACUCAGAUUUUUUUUGCACUUGUGUUUAAAAUGUAGGCUACAGUAGACAUGAGUUACGUUACUGUAAGACUUGUAAGUAUUCACAAGAAAGCAGGAGGUUCAUAUUAACUAUGUUCAUAUUAACUAUGUUCUUCUGUAUAGAGUUCUGUAAAACAACUUAAAACAACGCUGUCUCUGUGUCUCUGUCUGUCUGUCUGUCUGUCUGUCUGUCUGUCUGUCUCUCUCUCUCUCUGUCUGUGUCUCUCUCUAUCUGUCUGUCUCUCUGUGUCUCUCUGUCUCUCGCCUACUUUGAGUUGUUCUGGUGUGGUGUUCAUUAUUACAAGGCAAUUCCACAGUAACAUAGUGACAGAGAAUGUUCACUUUAAAAUGUAUGUUAAAAAAAAUCCUAUGAUUGCAAAGUUCAACAAACCAUACAACUCUAUGCAAAAUGACUACUUUUACCACUGAAAAUUUUUGCAAAAACACAUAUACUUGAAGAACAGCGCAGAUGCGAAGUUUGUAACAGAAUAACGGUUUGUGCCGUCAUUCUGUUAACAAACAUUACAUAAUAAAAAAAAACGAUAAUAAUCGGAGUCUGUCAAUGUGUUUCCGUGAAAUUGCUCUAACACUAAACACUGGACAAAGAUUUUGAAACAAUCACCACUUUUUCCUUCUUCAUAAACCCCCCCGUUUACAGUAUGGCAAACAGCCUCACCAUACUCCUUAUGUCGUCUCUCGGCAGGAUGGGAACAAACCAGGUGAUCUGGCAAAACAACAGGACAACCGCAGAUGUGCUCACCUCCUUCAGGAGUACCAGUCUCAGUCGUUGGACACAGAGGAGGAAGAUCUGCCUCACUUCCAGUACUGUAAGACAUUGUCCAGAUGAUUUGUGAUGCUAAUAGUUCAUUAUACAUAUACAGUUGCUUGCGAAAGUAUUCUCACCCCCUUUGGCAUUUUUCCUAUUUCGUUGCCUUACAACCUGGAAUUUAAAUAAAACAAUUGGGGGGGGGGGGUUUGUAUCAUUUGAUUUACACAACAUGCCUACCACUUUCAAGAUGCAAAAUAUUUUUUAUUGUGCAAGAAAUAAGACAAAGAAACAGAACUUGAGCGUGCAUAACUAUGCUGGAAGGUGAACCUCCGUCCCAGUCUCAAAUCUCUGGAAGAAUGAAACAGGUUUCCCUCAAGAAAUUCCCUGUAUUUAGCGCCAUCCAUCAUUCCUUCAAUUCUGACCAGUUUCCCAGUCCCUGCCGAUGGGAAAAACAUCUCCACAGCAUGAUGCUGCCACCACCAUGCUUCACUGUGGGGAUGGUGUUCCCGGGGUGAUGAGAGGUGUUGGGUUUGCGCCAGACAUAGCGUUUUCCUUGAUGGCCAAAAAGCUCAAUUUUAGUCUCAUCUGACCAGAGUACCUUCUUCCAUAUGUUUGGGGAGUCUUCCACAUGCCUUUUGGCGAACACCAAACAUGUUUGCUUAUUUUGUUCUUUAAGCAAUGGCUUUUUUUCUGGCCACUCUUCUGUAAUGCCCAGCUCUGUGGAGUGAACGGCUUAAAGUGGUCCUAUGGACAGAGACUCCAAUCUCCGCUGUGGAGCUUUGCAGCUCCUUCAGGGUUAUCUUUGGUCUCUUUGUUGCCUCUCUGAUUAAUGCCCUCCUUGCCUGGUCCGUGAGUUUUUGUGGACAGCCCUCUCUUGGCAGGUUUGUUGUGGUUCCAUAUUCUUUCCAUUUUUUAAUAAUGGAUUUAAUGGUGCUCCGUGGGAUGUUCAAAGUUUCGGCAAUUUUUUUAUAACCCAACCCUGAUCUGUACUUUUCCACAACUUUGUCCCUGACCUGUUUGGAGAGCUCCUUGGUCUUCAUGGUGCUUGGUGGUGCCCCUUGCUUAGUGGUGUUGCAGACUCUGGGGCCUUUCAGAACAGGUGUAUAUAUACUGAGAUCAUGUGACACUUAGAUUGCAAGCAGGUGGACUUUAUUUAACUAAUUAUGUGACUUCUGAAGGUAAUUGGUUGCACCAGAUCUUAUUAAGGGGCUUCAUAGCAAAGGGGGUGAAUACAUAUGCACGCACCACUUUUCCCUUAUUUAUUUUUUGAAACAAGUUAUUUUUUUUCAUUUCACUUCAUCAAUUUGGACUAUUUUGUGUAUGUUCAUUACAUGAAAUCCAAAUAAAAAUCCAUUUAAAUUACAGGUUUUAAUGCAACAAAAUAGGAAAAACGCCAAGGGGGAUGAAUACUUUUGCAAGGCACUGCAUCGCCUUCACAUUGACACAACUCUGUGACGUGUCACUGUUGGUAAGAGCAUGACGCUAGUGACGCCGGGGUCAUGUGACGACGUCGGGGUCAUGGGUUCAAUUCCCUCGGGUCACAUAAAUGGGGGCGGCAGGUAGCUUAGUGGUUAAGAGCGUUGUGCCAGUAACCGAAAGGUCGUUGGUUCUAAUCCCCGAGAUUAAAAAUAUGUCGAUGUGCCCUUGAGCAAGGCACUUAACCCUAAUUGCUCCUGUAAGUCGCUCUGGAUAAGAGCGUCUGCUAAAUAACUAAAAAUGUAUUUUUUUUAAAAUAGAUGUCUUGGAUAAAAUCGUAUGUUAUUAUAAGAGUCUGAUAAUAAGAGUCUCAUUACUUUGUCCUUUCUAUUUUUUGCAGCUGUUUACAAUGGCCAAGGUGAUGCGUCAAGCUACACUGAAUCCGAACACUGCAGUGUUAGCUCUCACAGCCUGUCCUUGCUGAGUGACUUUGGGGAGGGCCCACUGAGUAGCACGCGUCAGACCUCAUUCUUUGAACUGUCUGCUAUUAGCAACAGGCACAGUUGGAGAGGAGGACCCCAUUCAGGGGCAUCUGAUUAUAAAUCUAACCCUAACACCAAUGAGUGGGACAUGGACUCUGACUGGGAUCCUCCAUCAGUGUUAUCAAGCACUCGUAUGUCCGUCGCAGGUCCUAGAGCUGCACUGCCUGUACUUCAGGAGGACGUACCACUCACUGACUGCAGUGCGCUACAUCCGCCUCAGGAUGUAGACCUACAUCUCCCUGCAACUGGGAACAGACUCUCUCCUCAGUUGGACCCACUCCCUCCUUGCUUAUCACGACGCGCGAGCCGCAAGAGUGUGAGCUUCAGAGAGGAAGUGGACGAAUACUUCCCUGUUUUUAGUUCAGAAUCUCUCAGGCAGGAGCCAGGGGGUCAGGGUAUUCCCCACUCUAAAGACUGUACCCUCGACUUCUCGGAAUACUCUGAGUUCCUGGAUCCAGAGCGCAUGGCCACCGUCCUAGAUUACCAGGGGAUCGACGUCACGUCCCCUGAACAUGUGUUUGUUUUCUCCAAGGAUGAUAAUAAUGAGUGCACUGAGAUUGACAUGGAAAAAACAGUUGUUGGACACUUCCCAUUUGAGGAAGAGAACGGAGAAGUCAUUGAGAACCUGGUAGAAGAAGUGAAGGUCCCUGAACGACCGUCGUGUGGCUCUGCUAGCAGCAGCAGCAGUGGAGCUAGUAGGUACAGUAGCUGUGAUAGUGACCAUUACAUUACGACCCUGGAGGCGUCCCCCAGGCGGGUCUCACCCUCUGAAGAGGAGCGUAAAGUUAAAAGUAGAGGUGUCGAAGACGACAAACACACACACAAUCCCAUGGACACUAACAAUGUAGAUACUGAUGAAUUCAGACUGACUGAAACUCCCAACAGCUCAAAGAGGUCAAAACCAGCCAUGGAAGAACUACCAGGCGUGGUAGAUAACCUCACAUUGUCCGACAAAAUAUCUCCAACCAAAGGUCCAGGUUGUGAAGAGAUAUUUCCAGCUGCUGUCUCAGCGGGUAAUGUGGAAGAGUUGUCAACAACACCGACUGAAUACACUCCCAGACCUGGUUCUACUCUAGCAUUGGAGGAGGACCUGCCUCUGACCCCAAGUCCCUUUGUCACUGGUAGGACGCACUCAAGGCUGAGUCGCUGCUCGGUAAGAAGCAGCAAGACCCCCGAGAGCCUCCUGUCCACCUCCUCGCUGUUUGAGCAGACCUUGCCUACACCGACACGCACACGCCGCCAAAACAUCAAGUCGCAAGGCAGCGACAACGUCUUUUACAACACGCCAGGCGGGCGUAGUCGCACCCCUGUCUUUUCUGGAAACAGGACAGGUAGUACUUCUGGGGACUCAUUUGUCAUCUAUGAGAGCCAGGAGACUCAAUCUAGCACUCUCGGAGCCGACAGAGGUCAAGGGUCAUGUGUCAGUGCCAGCCAAGCAGACACCCUCAUCAUCACUAAGGAUGACAGAGGUCAGGGUUCUUGUGUUAGUGCCAGCCAAGCUGACACCCUCAUCUCUAAAACAAUGGCAGACACAGUCAUCAUAACUCCAAGUUUAGCUGACAAAUUCUCUCUACUGGAUAAUGACUCUUUUGAAGAUCCUCACAUAGAGCUUUUACCCACUUAUCCGAGAAAAUACGUUAUUGAAGGUGGUGAAUUUCUGACCGACGAUUUGUCCAGCUCCAGUGAUGCAGUUACUAAGGAGGGGACAGUUGGUAGCUUUGGGCCAAGAGUGGAAGAAUCCUGGACCACAGAGGAUGCCGACUCAAGCUCAUCGCUGUCAAGUUCCCAGACUCCAUCUUCAUCCAGCUCCAGUUACUUCUCUCCAAAGAGAGGUCACCACCCCUCUACCCCAGGAUGCACUCCGCGCUACAGCAUGAGCCGACUCCCCAGCUUUCACAAGCCCCAGCGGCUGGCCAGCCUCUCCUACACCCCCAGCGGACGUCCUCUAGUCCCGGACCUGGAGGAACCGGUGGAGUACCUCUACACGGACACGGAGCAGGGUCACGAACUGAUCGAGACCCACGUCCCACCUGCGGCCAACACCUCACUCAGCUCCAGCAUGAGCACGUCCAGCAGCGAGGAGACGGUGCUGUACGACUGGCGCUCCCUGCAGGGCGGCAGAGGCACGGUGGCCAAAGGGAAGGAGAACCAGGAGCCCGUGGUGGCUCAGGAGUGGUCAGAGACCAAAGGGCUGACGGACAAGGAGCUGAGACGCAGGCUUGUGGAGAUGGGAGAGAGUCCGGGACCCAUAAGCAGCCGCACCCGGCCAGUGUACAUGCAGAGGCUGAGGCGGCUGUUGCUGGAGCCGGCCACUCAACAACAACAACUGCCGGACCAGCCCCAAGGUAAUGUUCCCUUUCAUCUGUGUUAACUCUCAAUCAAAUUUCAUGAUGAUGUCAUUAAGGUUAGAUCAGACAUGUACUGAGGGGUAAACACUGUUGAUUAUGUAAAUAAAAAUUUUAUUCGUCACAUGUACAUUAAAGCCUUCCGCAUGCUUCGGGUUUGCCUGGCACCUAGCCGAACGAGUGUGUUCGCAUACUUCCUUAAAAGACCUUCGCUUGAAAAACAAGAAGAAAACGGCAAUAGUACUGUUUGUCCAUCUUGAGACGCUGUAGCCAGUACUUCCUCAAAAUAGUCUGAAUUAAGAUACAGUGCCUUGCAAAAGUAUUCUUCCCCCUUGGUGUUUUUUCUAUUUUGUUGCAUUACAAUCUGUAAUUUAAAUUGAUUUUUAUUUGGAUUUCAUGUAAUGGACAUACACAAAAUAGUCCAAAUUGGUGAAGUGAAAUGAAAAAUAACUUAUUUCAAAAAUUCUAAAAAAUAAAUAAUGGAAAAGUGGUGCGUGCAUAUGUAUUCACACCCUUUGCUAUGAAGCCCCUAAAUAAGAUCUGGUGACACCAAUUACCUUCAGAAGUCACAUAAUUAGUUAGAUUGCACACAGGUGGACUUUAUUUAAGUGUCACAUGAUCUCAGUAUAUAAACACCUGUUCUGAAAGGCCCCAGAGUCUGCAACACCACUAAGCAAAGGGCACUACCAAGCAAGCGGCACCAUGAAGACCAAGGAGCUCUCCAAACAGGUCAGGGACAAAGUUGUGGAGAAGUACAGAUCAGGGUUGGGUUCUAAAAAAAUAUCUGAAACUUUGAACAUCCCACGGAGCACCAUUACAUCCAUUAUUUAAAAAAUUGAAAGAAUAUGGCACCACAACAAACCUGCCAAGAGAGGGCCACCCACCAAAACUCAUGGACCAGGCAAGGAGGGCAUUAAUCAGAGGCAACAAAGAGACCAAAGAUAACCCUGAAGGAGCUGCAAAGCUCCACAGCGGAGAUUGGAGUAUCUGUCCAUAAGACCACUUUAAGCUGUACACUCUACAGAGCUGGGCUUUACGGAAGAGUGGCCAGAAAAAAGCCAUUGCUUAAAGAACAAAAUAAGCAAACAUGCUUGGUGUUCGCCAAAAGGCAUGUGGGAUACUCCCCAAACAUAUGGAAGAAGGUACUCUGGUCAGAUGAGACUAAAAUUGAGAUUUUUGUCCAUCAAGGAAAACGCUAUGUCUGGCGCAAACCCAACACCUCUCAUCACCCCGAGAACACCAUCCCCACAGUGAAGCAUGGUGGUGGCAGCAUCAUGCUGUGGGGAUGUUUUUCCAUCGGCAGGGACUGGGAAACUGGUCAGAAUUGAAGGAAUGAUGGAUGGCACUAAAUACAGGGAAAUUCUUGAGGGAAACCUGUUUCAGUCUUCCAGAGAUUUGAGACUGGGAUGGAGGUUCACCUUCCAGCAGGACAAUGACCCUAAGCAUACUGCUAAAGCAACACUCGAGUGGUUUAAGGGGAAACGUUUAAAUGUCUUGGAAUGGCCUAGUCAAAGCCCAGACCUCAAUCCAAUUGAGAAUCUGUGGUAUGACUUAAAGAUUGCUGUACACCAGCGGAACCCAUCCAACUUGAAGGAGCUGGAACAGUUUUGCCUUGAAGAAUGGGCAAAAAUCCCAGUGGCUAGAUGUGCCAAGCUUAUAGAGACAUACCCCAAGAGACUUGCAGCUGUAAUUGCUGCAAAAGGUGGCUCUACAAAGUAUUGACUUUGGGGGGGUGAAUAGUUAUGCACACUCAAGUUAUUUUUUCACAAUAAAAAAAUAUUUUGCAUCUUCAAAGUGGUAGGCAUGUUGUGUAAAUCAAAUGAUACAAACACCCCAAAAAUCCAUUUUAAUUCCAGGUUGCAAGUCAACAAAAUAGGAAAAAUGCCAAGGGGGGUGAAUAAUUUCACAAGCCACUGUAACUCAUGAAAUCUGUCAUUUAAUUUUGACGUUUCUGUCGAGGAGAUCUUAGUCGCGCAAUCUUACACCUAAGAUGUUUGGUUCAGCAUUUCUCAAGUGACAUUUUUUUCCAUGAACAAUUCCUUUUUCGUUGAAUGACAACAAACUUAAUUGAAGAAUCCCUACUGUUGACCAAACGCAAACAAACGUUUGUGUGGACGAACCAAAACAUCACAAAAUGUCAUCAUAAUAUAUGCACAAACUGUUCCGAACUGUUUCGGAAAGCAUGAGGACGCCUUAAACAGUGAAAUGCUUACGGGCUCUUCCCAACACGGAGAGAAAAUUGAGAAAUAAUAGUAAAGUAAUAAUAAAUAACGAUAAAUUGGGGAUAUACACAAGGUACUAGUACCAGUACCGAGGUAAUUGAGGUAGAUGCACUAUAUAUGCAAAAGUAUGUGGACAACCCUUCAAAUUAGUGGAUUCUGCUAUUUCAGCCACACCCGUUGCUGACAGGUGUAUAAAAUCGAGAACACAGCCAUGUAAUCUCCAUAGACAAACAUUGGCCUUACUGAAGAGCUCAGUGACUUUCAACAUGGCACAGUCAUUGGAUGCCACCUUUCCAACAAGUCAGUUGGUCAAAUUUCUGCCCUGCUAGAUCUGCCCCGGUCAACUGUAAGUGCUGCUAUUGUGAAGUGGAAACAUCUAGGAGGAGGAACGGCUCAGCCGCGAAGUGGUAGGCCACACAAGCUCACAGAACGGGACCACUGAGUCCUGAAGCGCGUAGUGCCUAAAAAUCGCCUGUAUUCAGUUGCAACACUCACUACCAAGUUCCAAACUGCCUCUGGAAGCAAUGUCAGCACAAUAACUGUUUGUCGGGAGCUUCAUGAAAUGGGUUUCCAUGGCCGUGCAGCCGCACACAAGCCUAAAAACACCAUGCGCAAUGCCAAGCGUCGGCUGGAGUAGUAUAAAGCUCACCGCCAUUGGACUCUGGAGCAGUGGAAACGCGUUCUCUGGAGUGAUGAAUCACACUUCACCAUCUGGCAGUCCAACGGACGAAUCUGGGUUUGGCAGAUGCCAGGAGAACGCUACCUGCCCAAAUGCAUAGUGCCAACUGUAAAGUUUGGUGGAGGAGGAAUAAUGGUCUGGGGCUGUUUUUCAUGGUUCGGGCUAGGCCCCUUAGUUCCAGUGAAGGGAAAUCUUAACGCUACAGCAUACAAUGACAUUCUAGACGAUUCUGUGCUUCCAACUUUGUGGCAACAGUUUGGGGAAGGCCCUUUCCUGUUUUAGCAUGACAAUGCCCCUGUGCACAAAGAGAGGUCCAUACAGAAAUGGUUUGUUGAGAUCGGUGUGGAAGAACUUGACUGGCCUGCACAGAGCUCUGACCUCAACCCCAUUUGAACACCUUUGGGAUGAAUUGGAACACCGACUGCAAGCCAGGCCUAAUCGCCCCAAAAUCAGUGCCCGACCUCACUAAUGCUCUUGUGGCUGAAUGGAAGUAAGUCCCCCGCAGCAAUGUUCCAACAUCUAGUGGAAAGCCUUCCCAGAAGAGUGGAGGCUGUUAUAGCAGCAAAGGGGGGACCAACUCCAUAUUAAUGCCCAUGAUUUUGGAAUGAGAUGUUCGACGAGCAGGUGUCCACAUACUUAUGGUAAUGUAGUUUAUGUACAUAUAGGUAGGGAUAAAGUGACUAGGCAAUGGGAUAGAUAAUAAACGGUAACAGCAGCUUAUGUGCUGAGUCAAAAAAGUUAGUGGGUCAAUGCAGAUAGUCCAGGUAGCUAAUAGUCCAGGUAGCUAUAUUAACUAUUUAGCAGUCGUAUGGAUUGGGGGUAGAGGCUGUUAAGGGUUCCAGACUUGGUGCAAGUUAGUUAUUAGCGUAAAGUGGUUGGUUACUUCAGUGUUUACCCACCUUCUGAUUUUUCACCACUACAUACCUGGGUUAGUUACCUUUUUUAAAGAUUAUCCAAUUAACUAUUACUACUUAUGAAAAUGCUACUCUUUCCUGCUGUGGUGACUGACUGAGCUAUGUAUGUUUAGGUCCUGCACAGGGACACAGUCCAGAGCUGUGUGUGGCCCUGCGGACGUUGGUGCUGCCCAACUGCCAGGCCGACGAGCUGGCACUGUGCCAGCAGUUUGACCAACCAGACCAAAACAGGAAGUGGCGGGAAGGUGUCAUCAAGUCCAGCUUCAACUACCUGCUACUGGACCCCAGGUCAGUUGUAAUCGUUUGGCUUUUCCAUCACUCUUUCCUUGAUUCCUUGCAUCCUCUCACCUUAAAGCCGGCGGGGAGAGGUUCACCUUGGACCUUCUCCUCCAAUACGGUUGAGGAGAUGGGGUGCAAUUAAUUUUAGACAAUGUCACUUCCUUUUCCUACAUCAGAGUAACCAAGAACCUACCGUAUCGGAGUCAUUCCAUGAGCCCUUUGGAGUGUUUUCAGACCUUCAUCAGCGCUAUAUUCUACGUGGGCAAGGGCAAGCGCUCCCGACCCUACAGUCAUCUGUACGAGGCUCUGGAGUACCACAGAGGAGAUAAGACUUCUAAGGUUGGAGUCACUGUCUUUAACUGUUUGACAGACAAAUAACCCAAUCCCACUGCACUUAUACUGUCUGGUACAAUACAACCAACCGACAGGAGGAACUACAAAGACCUACAGUUGAAGUCGGAAGUUUACACACACCUUAGCCAAAUACGUUUAAACUCAGUUUUUCACAAUUCCUUACAUUUAAUCCUAGUAAAAAUUCCCUGUCUUAGGUCAGUUAGGAUCACCACUUAUUUUAAGAAUGUGAAAUGUAAGAAUAAUAGUAGAGAGAAUUAUUUAUUUCAGCUUUUAUUUCUUUAAUCACAUUCCCAGUGGGUCAGAAGUUUACAGACACUCAAUUAGUAUUUGGUAGCAUUGCCUUUAAAUUGUUUAACUUGGGUCAAACGUUUCGGGUAGCCUUCCCACAAGCUUCCCACAAUAAGUUGGGUGAAUUUUGGCCCAUUCCUCCUGACAGAGCUUGUGUAACUGAAUCAGGUUUGUAGGCCUCCUUGCUCGCACACGCUUUUUCAGUUCUGCCCACAGAUUUUCUAUAGGAUUGAGGUCAGGGCUUUGUGAUGGCCACUCCAAUACCUUGACUUUGUUGUCCUUAAGCCAUUUUGCCACAACUUUGGAAGUAUGCUUGGGGUCAUUGUCCAUUUGGAAGAACCAUUUGCGACCAAGCUUUAACUUCCUGACUGAUCUCUUGAGAUGUUGCUUCAAUAUAUCCACAUAAUUUUCCUUCCUCAUGAUGCCAACUAUUUUGUGAGUGUACCAGUCCCACCUGCAGCAAAGCACCCCCACAGCAUGAUGCUGCCACUCCCGUGCUUCACGGUUGGGAUGGUGUUCUUUGGCUUGCAAGCCUCGCCCUUUUUCCUCCAAACAUAACGAUGGUCAUUAUGGCCAAACAGUUCUAUUUUUGUUUAAUCAGACCAGAGGACAUUUCUCCAAAAAGUACGAUCUUUGUCCCCAUGUGCAGUUGCAAACCAUAGUCUGGCUUUUUUAUGGUGGUUUUGGAGCAGUGGCUUCUUCCAUGCUGAGCGGCCUUUCAGGUUAUGUCGAUAUAUAGGACUUGUUUUACUGUGGAUAUAGAUACUUUGUACCUGUUUCCUCCAGCAUUUUCACAAGGUCCUUUGCUGUUGUUCUGGGAUUUAUUUGCACUUAUCGCACCAAAGUACGUUCAUCUCUAGGAGACAGAACGUGUCUCCUUCCUGAGCGGUAUGACGGCUGCGUGGUCCCAUGGUGUUUAUACUUGCGUACUAUUGUUUGUACAGAUGAACGUGGUACCUUCAGGUGUUUGGAAAUUGCUCCCAAGGAUGAACCAGACUUGUGGAGGUCUACAAUUUUUUUUAUGAGGUCUUGGCUGAUUUUCUUUUGAUUUUCACAUAAUGUCAAGCAAAGAGGCACUGAGUUUGAAGGUAGGCCUUGAAAUACAUCCACAGGUACACCUCCAAUUGACUCAAAUUAUGUCAAUUAGCCUAUCAGAAGCUUCUAAAGCCAAUUUCCCAAGCUGUUUAAAGGCACAGUCAACAUAGUGUAUGUAAACUUCUGACCCACUGGAAUUGUGAUACAAUGAAUUAUAAGUGAAAUAAUCUGUCUGUAAACAAUUGUUGGAAAAAUUACUUGUGUCAUGCACAAAGUAGAUGUCCUAACCGACUUGCCAAAACUAUAGAAAUUUGUGGAGUGGUUGAAAAACGAGUUUUAAUGACUCCAACAUAAGUGUAUGUAAACUUCUGACUUCAACUGUAUAACAAGAGAAAAACAACAAUGUCUACGAAAGUUCUAAUGUAAUGGUCAUGUGAAAUUAGGGUAUGGUCCACCUCAUACAUUAAUGUCCAUGUAUUUCCUUCUAUUUUGGGACAGAAACUGUGCUCCAAGGUGCAGCACAUCCUCCAGGUGUGGAAGGCCGAGCAGGGGGUGAUCUCUCUGCACUGCUUCCAGAACGUCAUCCCUGUGGAGGCCUACACACGUGAGGCCUGCAUGGUGGACGCCAUUGGUGAGUGGCCAUUCUUUAUUUGGGGCCCAUAUCAGUUGUCUGAAGUAGCUUUAUCUCCUUGUCUCCUGUCCUUCAUUUUGACUCAUCUGAAAAUACAAAACAAGUCGAUAUUGAGGAUGCCUUUCGGUAAUUUCCUUUCACUUGUGUAGUUCGUAACGGUCAGUGAAGAAAGGGAGACGAGGACAGGAAACCGCCUUAUGGACAGGAAACCGCCUGGUUGUACUGUUUUUAAGAUGGAUGUCUUGAGAUUUUAUCUGCAUGCUUUUGAUUCUUACCUGAACUACAUUGCAAUUGAAGUGUUUAGGUCAAAAAAAUUGUCUCAUUUAUUUAUAACUUUGAGUGUCAUUUAAAGGUUUUUUAAUCCUACAAAUUGUAUAAAAAAAAAAAAAAAAAAAACUCACCUAUAUAGGAAACAAAAUAAGGUAAACAGUUUUAAACAAAAUAAAUCUUCCCAUUGCAGGGUUGAAGAUGCUGACCAACCUGAAGAGAGGCGACUACUACGGGGUGGUGUCCACAUGGCAGGUGAAGAGGAAGAGGGAGCUGGGAGUGCACCUGCUCUACCGAGCCAUGCAGAUCUUCCUGGCUGAGGGAGAGAGGCAGCUCAGACCUCCUGAUAUCAGGGCGGGACAGUAGUGACCCCCAGAGGGUAGAGUUGGGUACUGCACCAACAGAAAAUGAAAGUGUGUUUUUCAGACAAAACUUGGGCUUAAAGGUCCAAUGUAGCCGUUU